AUGGCUGAUUCAACCGAUGCGCUUUCUGCACCAACUGUAGCCGCUACAAAAGGCACAAAACGUGAAGCUGAACUAGAUGAUAUUAGUCCAUCGAAAUUGAAGGCUUUAAAAGCUGCGCGCAAUGGAAGAAACGGUGAUGGACCAGUUGAUGAUGAAUCUUCGAAUCAUAAGAAUGGUGAUGAUCAUUUACAUGAUGAUGAAGAUGAAGAUGAUGACGACGUAGCUGGUGGUGAUCAAGAAGGUGAUGAUUAUGACGAAGACGACGACGGAUCUGACGGCGAUUACGAAGAAGAUACCGGAGAAAAUGGUGAUGGUGAAGAAGACUCGAAAGCAUCUGCUGGAAAAACCAACUCUCGAAGAGCUGCUGCUGGUGCUUCCGGUGCCAACGAAAGUGAAGAAGACGAAGAAGAUGAAGAGGAUGACGAGGACCAAGAAUAA